CCGAGUUCGCUGAAGUGUCUUAACUCUUACCGGUGCAAAAAUGGCUAAAACUUCUGAGAAAAUUGGCUUUAGCUAAAAUAAUCAAUAUUCGUUUUAGUGCAGAGUAUUUCAAAAGUUCUACAUACGGGCUACGCGCAUCUUAUCCGAAGCUGCAUGCCAUUGGUGUCCAUUUCAAGUUGCAGUCGAUCUUAUGUUUUUACGGUCGUGUGGAAGGCUAUAUGAGGUGAAAAUGUCGCCGAUGAUUAAUUGUGAAUAAAAAUACUAUUCUAAAACACAAAUUUUUGAAUAGAAUAUUAAAGCAACAAAUGAUAUCAAGGAUUUCGUUCGAAAGGUCCGCCGACGUCUCUGGAACGUCGUUUGGGUGUGUGGCGCAGCUGCGCAUUCGCGUUGUCCGUGAAAUUUCUGUCACUUGAUCUUGAUAGACUGUCGACUGACAGUCGGUCUUUGGCUUGACCAGUUUCGGACAGUUCGUCGACUGUUGCAACCUUUCUAACGAUCUACGCCUACGGCAACUCGGUGUUUCAAGAUGUCUCCCAUGCCCCCACAAUCCUGUGAUACAUUUGUAGUCCUACCUGAUAAGACAAAGGGUGGAGCUGUUAUUUUUGGCAAAAACUCUGAUCGUCCUUCUGGUGAGGUGCAGGAAGUGGUGUAUGAGCCUGCUGCUGAUCACCCUGAUGGGGCUCAAGUUCAAUGCACCUACAUACAAAUCCCCCAAGUUGCCCACACCCAUGCUGUAAUCCUAAGCAAGCCAGCAUGGAUGUGGGGUGCAGAGAUGGGUGCCAAUGAGAAAGGUGUCGUUGUGGGCAAUGAAGCUGUCUGGACCAAUGCUCUGGAUGGCUCUGAUGAGAAGGAGGAAAGACUUCUAGGCAUGGACAUGGUUAGACUGUCUCUUGAACGGAGUUCGUCUGCCAGUGAGGCAGUGGAUGUGUUGGUUGCACUGCUGGAGACGCACGGCCAGGGAGGUCCCUGCUCUGACACAGACCCUGACUUACUCUACCACAACAGCUUCCUUGUUGCUGACCACACUGAAGCCUGGGUUCUUGAGACUGCCGGCCAGCUCUGGGUUGCUCAGAAAAUUUCAGAGGGCUACCGCAACAUCAGCAACUGUUUGAGCAUAGGCAGUGAAUUUGACAAGAGCAGCAGCAACAUCAGGGACGUUGCCAAGGAGAAGGGCUGGUGGGAUGGAGCUGGAGACUUUAACUUCACUAAAGCUCUGAGCUCUGGUGCAGACACGCGCAGGAAGAAGUGUGGGGAGAAACUCCUACACGACCUCACCAAAGAUGGGGCGUUCUCACUGCACUCUAUGCUCACCGUGCUGCGGGAUGAGGCGUCGGGCAUCUGCAUGGGCAACGACGGCGACUUCGUCACCACGGGCUCACAGGUGUCAGUGCUGACGCCCCCUGGCGGGAGUGCGGGGCCCUCAUGUCACUGGUUCACUGGCACGCCUGACCCUCAGCGCUCGGUCUUCAAGCCCUUCGUCUUCACCCCCAACGCCAGGAUCUCGCCCUUCAUAAAGAGCCCUGCUAUUGAAAAUGAUCCGGCUAAGAAGACGCCUCGCUUCGAGCGCGCGGUCGACAGGUCGCACGUGCUGUACCGUCGUCAGCAGGCGGCGCUGAAGGCCGCUGCGGCCGAGACCGUGACAACGCUGCGUCAGCUCGAGGAGCAGUGCAUCGAGGAGACGCUCAAUACCCUCGGCAGCCUUGAACCAGGCUCCCUCUCGGAGCUUGACGACCUCUUUAAAGACUGCGUGGACUCAGAGCUCAAGUUCUAUAAGUAAGGUCUCAGUCGCCAAGCUUUAGAAGCGAGAACUUCCCUGAAAAUAUCACUCACUUGAAGGGAGAUGCGCUUCUUUGGAAACCACGUUUACAAAGAUACUAAAUGAAUUUUCCCUCUUAGGUGCAGAAUGUUCUGAAUAGUUUGUGGAUGCUUCAAUCUCCGUCAAUAUUCAUAUUUUAUUGUGCACUGAGUUUGAAAUUUCAAUAGCUUGGUUACCUUGUAAUCGGUCAUCCUAAAUCUAAAAUCUAAUUCUCAUUUAGUCUAUUUCUUGAGCUGAGAAAGUUUUUUUUUUUUUUUUUGCUAUUUGAAAUUUAAAAAGGCAACGUUCUGUUCUCUCUAAAUUCAAUGCGACUUGCUCAUGUAUUAGAAUCUCUGCACGUGAUGGCUCGAUUCUGUUCUUUAGUUAUGUAAAGCAAUUUGAAUAUCUAAUUUAGUAUGUAUUUUCAAAAAUAGCUAUUAAUAAUUAUUUAUAUUCAAAAAAUUUUGAUGAAGAUGCCCAAAGUUGAACUUUAUUAUUCGAUUUAACCAAAGUGGUAUUACCAAAAAUUGUUCAUAUUUUUCCAUAACGACUCAGCUGGAGUUUGGUGCAUUUAAGAAAUCGAAUUUCUCCGAUGCAACUCUUACUGUUUAUUAAGAUUCCAAAUGUUUUUCUCAGCAGCAAUUCAAGUAUCUUUAAUAAUUGUGUGUUCGAAGAAACAAACCGACCACCAUCGGUAAACAGUAACGCAAUUUUAACUGAAUCUAAGCACAUGAUAUGACUUUUGUCGGCUAUCUUGUACUUUCUUAUUCCGACAUAACAUGUAAAAGUUUCUUUCGCUGAUUAAUCUAUUCCAAUAUUGUAUGUCGUCUACUAACUGCGCUCUGGAAAGUUCUUUAAAAGUACAUUCGAGGACGAAUUGCAUUGUGAAAAAGCCUUAAUUUCUUUAAGCUAUUAGCCGCAGGUUUCGUAGCAAACCUGAUUCACCACAUUAAGGAUGAACUGUCGUAAGUGGUUUGACUGAAUUGCCUCGUGUCUUGUACUAGAUUCCUGUGUUGUUUUUUGCACAUUCCAGUUGCAUUAGUCUUAGUGUUUCGUAUUGCAUCUAUUGCUUAGUUGACGACCAAGGUUUCGCCUCUAUCGAAAUUCCUUCCUAUCACCAAAGAUUUUUCUUUACGGUAUAUGGAUAAAAUUAGUUAAUUUUAUUGUUAUUCGCUUUCAAAUCCAACUUUAUCUGCAAAUGAGUUAUUUGAAAGGAGUGAUCUUUGAGGGAAUAUCAGUGAAGUCUUUAACUCUCGUCUGGGGAGUCUCUAACUCGUCAUCGGGCACGCACUGGAACUUGAGUUUUAAUCCUAAUAUAAUUUACUACAUUAGUUAACCAUAUCGUUCAUCCUAAACUACUAGUCGCCUUAGGAACUGUGCCUGUGAGCAUAGGAGUUCGUCAGUUAGUCCGUAAAUAUUCGGUCAAAAAGUGCAUUGGUUGUCAUUUUUCCUUAGCGUUGCGGAUGAGUGGAGCAUUGCUCAUCAGAAGUUGAUUCGGCGUCCUAAGUUUUAUGUACUUUGAGAGAAAUUGAAAUUUGCACGCUAAUUUGUAGCACGCUUUCGACUAAUGCAUAUCGUAGGCAUUUGAUUGCAACCUACCUAGUAGUCUCAUUUUCACUAUAAUAAUUUCUUUGAACUCGC